AUGUUCUCUGACCAGAUAGCAACAGUUCACAUUGGUUUUGAUGACGACUGGAAGCCUCAGGUGAUUGUGCUGCCCAUACCUGUACCAGUCUUUGUGCCCGUGCCCAUGAACAUGUACUGUCAGAAAGUCCCGGUGCCUUUCUCCAUGCCAGUCCCCGUCCCUGUGCCAAUGUUUCUGCCCACCACCCUGGAGAGCACAGAGAAGAUUGUGGAGACCAUUGAGGAGCUGAAGGUGAAGAUCCCUUCCAACCCUCUGGAAGCUGACAUCCUAGCCAUGGCGGAGAUGAUCGCUGAGGCCGAAGAGCUGGACAAAGCCUCUUCUGACUUGUGUGACCUGGUGAGCAACCAGAGUGCCGAGGGCCUCCUAGAGGACUGCGACCUCUUUGGGCCGGCCAGGGAUGACGUCCUGGCCAUGGCGGUCAAGAUGGCCAACGUCCUGGAUGAGCCGGGACAAGACCUGGAGGCCGACUUCCCUAAAAACCCCUUGGACAUCAAUCCCAGUGUGGACUUCCUCUUCGACUGCAGCCUGGUGGCCCCCGAGGACGUCGCUGCAGAUCCGGACUUGCCUCGCGCGAUUCGCAAGGGCCAGAAGCGCCUGGUGCUGUCGGAGAGCUGCUCCAGGGACUCCGUAAGCAGCCAGCCCAGCGGCUCAGUCCUCAACUCCUCCUACGGGGUGAACGCCUGGAAGAGCUGGGUGCAGGCCAAGUACGUAGGGGCCGAAACCAGCAAGGGCGACGAGCUGCGCUUUGGCCCCAAGCCCAUGCGGAUCAAGGAGGACAUCCUAGCCUGCACGGCGGCCGAGCUAAACUACGGCCUGGCCCAGUUCGUCAAGGAAAUCACCCGGCCCAACGGGGAGCGCUACGAGCCAGACAGCAUCUAUUACCUGUGCCUGGGGAUCCAGCAGUACUUGUUGGAGAACAACCGCAUGGUCAACAUCUUCACCGACCUCUAUUACCUGACUUUUGUGCAAGAACUGAACAAGUUGCUGAGCGGAUGGCAGCCUUCGGUCCUGCCCAAUAGCACGGUCUUCUCCCGCGUGGAAGAGGAGCACCUCUGGGACUGCAAGCAGCUGGGCGUCUACUCCCCAUUUGUGCUGCUCAACACCCUCAUGUUCUUCAACACCAAGUACUUCGGGCUGCAGACGGCCGAGGAGCACAUGCAGCUCUCCUUCACCAACGUGGUGCGGCAGUCGCGCAAGUGCACCAUGCCGCGGGGCUCGGCCAAAGUCGUGAGCAUCCGCUACUACGCGCCUGUGCGGCACCGGAAGGGCCGAGAGAGCAGCCUGGGCAAGCGGAAGAGAGAGGAGGAGGCGCCGGUCUUGGAGCAGCGGGAAAACCGCCUGAAUCCCUUGCGCUGCCCGGUCAAGUUCUACGAGUUCUAUCUCUCCAAAUGCCCCGAGAGCCUCCGCAGCCGCAACGACGUCUUCUACCUGCAGCCGGAGCGCUCCUGCAUCGCGGAGUCCCCGCUCUGGUACUCGGUCAUCCCCAUGGACAAGAGCAUGCUGGAGAGUAUGCUGAACCGUAUCCUGGCCGUGCGUGAGAUCUACGAGGAGCACAGCCGUGGGGUGGGAGGCCUGGAUGACGACAUGGACUGACCCGGGCGGCCCUCGCUGUGAGAGAAGGUGGGCUCCGGUGCUGCUCCCCCCCAUCCCCGGCUGCAGGGACCGGGGGUAGCUCGCCCGUCAGCCCUUCCCUUUCUGGAGGACAGGCAUAAAGGACUCGGCCACUGCCUCUUCCACCCUGGCAAUGGUCCUCUGGUGUCUCCGCCCUCCCCACGCUUCUUGGGGGUCCCUGCUUGGCUGGCCUCAUCACCUGGUCUCUCUCUCCAGACUGGCAGGGAAGGGGGCGCAGGUGGCUUCUGGACUUAGGGGUAGAUCGAGAGCCCUUCCCUGGAGGGAAAGGAGGGAGGGAGGGGGGGUGGCUCCCAAGGGCCCGUUCUCUUGUACCCCCUGCCCUUCCGCUGACAUCUGGCCCCGGCCUGCUGCUCUUCCUCCAGGGGCUCAGAGGCUGCCUCGCACCCAGGUCCCCCCUCCCUGUCUCUGUGUGUGGCGUUGAGCUCUGAGCUAUGGCUGGUGGUGGUGCCGUUUGUUGAGCCUGUAUAUACAUUGUCCUGGCCCAGCCCUGCAGUGUCCGUGUCUCCAGUGAGCCAGUUGUGGGCCUCGUUAUCGCGUUGUGAUAUACUGGACGUUCAGACCCGGCCCCCCACCCCACUCCCCUGCGUCUCUCUGGAAAUCAUUCAUUUCAAAUAAAGGCAGAAAAAGCUC